AUGACUUCGGUGAUUAUGAUUGAUGAGGAAAAUGAAACUCUAGAGCCAGCACUGAAACAAUCAAAUAUUCCUCUUGGACUUUAUCUGGACGCUUCUUGUAUGGAAGCAAAACCAAUACUUACUAAGGCUUCAAGAAAUAAUUUAUUUGACGCCCUUCAUAUUUGGUUAAUUGUAAAUCACGCUGAAAACAAAAGCAACGAAAAAGAAUUUGACGCUAAAAACGUCUUUCUUAAUCUGAAUUUAAGCGUUAAUACUGAUAUUGUUCUUGCAGAUUUUCGAGGGGAAUAUUAUGAAUUAAUUGAUAUAUUUAAUUACGGCAAAAUACAAGGCAAUGGUCUAGAGUUGACACGUUAUGGAACGUGGAGUCCAAUAUAUGGAAUCAAUACAUAUUCAAAUAAUUACAAAUACAAAGAUCGCUGGAAUUUUCACAACCUAACAUUAAGAGCGGUGUCAGUGAUUUUGGAGCGUCCGAAGGUAUUCAGACCGACGAUGCUGACGGAGCUGGGCUACACACAUGGCGUGUCCGCCAUGACCAAGGUGGUCGCGCAGUUGCUACACGUGCUCAUGCAACAACAUAACUUCAGAUUCAACUACACCAUAGUCGGUCGCUGGAUCGGCUCACCCGAGAGAAAUUCUACUUUGGCAGUCACUAAUUCCUUGUUCUGGGGCGAACAAGACAUAUCUUGUACGUGUGCGAGGAUAUUUCCCGAGUGGCUUAAUUGGGUCGAUGUAUUCUUCCCAGCUACAACUACCCUUGAAACAAAAUUCUACUACCUAAUACCGGACAAGGGUGUGGGGGAUUACGAGAACCGGUUCCUGACUCCGAUGUCUGCGGGUGUGUGGUGGUGCUCAUGCGCAGCUGGUGCCCUUUGCGUGGCGGUACUGGCCGCCGCCGCAACCCUAGAGACUAGGCCCGAGCCACAUGUAUAUGCUUUCUUCAGUGUUUUCGCUACCACGUGCCAACAAGAGUAUGAAGACGGAGUUCAAAUAAUACAGGAAAGUUUCUCUAGUCAAGGUACGCUGGCGGCGCCUCAUACUCCUUGUAGUGGGUCUGACAAGCAUGCUUCUGUACCUACUACACCAGCAGUGUUCUCGUGGCUACUCAACGCCGCCGCACCCACUCUGCAGGACUUAGACACAUUGAUGAACAGCGAUUUAGAACUUAUAUUUGAAGACAUCGGAUACACACGAGGAUGGCUUGAUAAUCCUGGCUUCUUCUACUACAGCGGUCAUAAAAACCCAAAAGAAGAUGAACUAAGAAACAAAAAGGUAAUAAAUGCGAAACGAACUGUACCUUUACUGCAGCCCGUCAACACCGGAAUAGAACUAGUGCGAACUGGUGCCUACGCUUACCACACGGAGCCGUACACAGCUUACCAAACGAUAUCGAAGACAUUCGACGAUACGGAGCUGUGCAAGCUGGGCUCCCUGCAGAUGAUGCAGCCCGCGCAGGUCUAUAUCAUGGCGCAGAAACGUAGCCCGUAUAAAGAGUUUUUUGUUUGGAGUUUAAUGCGUCUGCAAGAGCGCGGGCACGUGCGUGCGGCGCAGGGCCGUGUUAGUGGGCCCACGCCUGCCUGCUCGGGGCGCACGCCGCGCGCCCUAGCGCUUGGACAGGCUGCGCCCGCCUUCGCUCUGCUCGCUGAGGCCACACUGCUCAGCGCCCUUAUCUUAGUAAUGGAAAUAUUAUGGCACAGAUUUACGACAGGAAAAGCAGAAGGAAAAAUAAAAUUCAUAAAGUCUAAGACUAGCUUUAUGUUCAAGACAAUUCAGAAGGAAAUAUAA